AUGACGUCACCGCUAGACGUCCGCACGUCAUCAGCCGAUGUCGCGCGCCGCUGGGAACAUGGAGCGAGCGAAGGCGACGCCGGGGCCAAGGUGGCCGUGUCGUUCGGCUUCAGCAAGAAGAUCGACCGCUCCAGGGUCAAGGAGGCGUCCGUUCUCCACGAUGAGAAGCCCAGCGCCGAGGAGACGGACUUCGUCACGGGCGUGGAGGGGAAGGAGGUCGUGAGCGUCAAAUCCAAGGAGAAAGUAGGGGAGCUGGUGAUUCCACUGAUCCAAAAGAACCGCUAUGUGGGCCCUGCACUGGAGAAGCACAAUACCACGGAGGGGCAAGAGAAUCAAGGGCAAAAGAAGGACGAUGUGGAAUCCAAGGCCAUCCAAGAGCUGCUGGAAGAGUCACGGAGGUUCCAAGAACUGCAGAAUGGGGGUGAAGAGGUUGAUGAAAACCUCGCGAUCCCACUGCUCAUGCAGAACAAGGUCCCUGAGGGAUACGAGGAUGGGGACAAAGUGGACGUCAGUCUGAGACCCGAGUCGGCAACGGAGGCAGACUACGCUGCAGUCCCCAUCGAGGCGUAUGGCUUGGCAAUGCUAAGAGGAAUGGGUUGGAAGAAAGGGGAAGGCAUUGGCAGAACUUUUAAACAAGACGUGAAGCCUAUUGAAGCCGAGGUGAGGCCAAAGGGCCUGGGUUUGGGAGCGGACCGCUCGGCGGCCGAUGCCCUCAAGGACAUGAAGCCUCAGCGGCCACUCAAGCCGGGCGAGAAGCGCCCAGAGGAGCAGCAAGGCUACGCGGCCGGCGCGUUUGUGGUUGUGGAGAAAGGGCCACACAAGGACCUGUAUGCGAAGGUGGAUGGCUUGGACCCAGACAACGCACGCUUGGUUUUGCGUCUGGCGAGGGGAAACGUGAUCACCAUCAGCCAGUACGCGACGCGUCUGGUGAACAAGGAGGAGUACGAGAAGUACAGCAAAGACCUCAGUCGCUUAAGCAAGGCGCACAAAGAUAAAGAGAAGCAGGAGAAGAAAGAGAGGGAAAGGGAGGAUGAGCACCGGGAGAGUCGCUCCAGCGGCAAGAGGGAUGAGGGUAAGAAGAACUCCCAUGACGGGAGCAAAGCCGGCAGACCGAGAGACGACCGGCACAAGGACGACGACGACCGACACGGCAAAAAGAGGAAACACGAAGAUAAAGACGACGGCCGGAAAAGCAGCAAACAGGUGGUGGCUGCGAGUACUUCCUCGAAGCCGCGCUGGCUGCGCAGGGACCUGCGGGUCCGUUUUGUGGACAAGUUUUACAAGGGAGGCAAAUACUACAACAAGAAGAUGACGGUGGAUGAUGUGGUCACGCCAGAGAUAUGCGUUUGCAGGACAGAAGAAGGCCAGAUAUUGGAAGGAAUCGAGCAGUCCAUGCUGGAGACCAUAAUACCCAAGACGGACAAGGAUUAUGUCAUGGUGGUACUGGGGAAAUACAAAGGCCAGGUGGGGCUCAUCUUGAACAGGGACAAAAACAACUGCCAGGCGACCGUGCAGCUCACGGGCCAGUCGGACCAACUACUCAAGCUCAGCUACGACGACAUGUGUCACUAUGUGGGCGAAGUGGAUGAGUUUGAGUGA